AUGUCUGUCAACACGGAACGCAUCACUUUGUAUUCUGCAGUUAACUCGCCCUUCCCUCGCCGAGUGGCUAUCGCCUUGGAGGAGAUCGGUGUUAGCUAUGACGUAAUCGACCUGAACUUAGUCGAAAAACCCGAUUGGUAUCAGGAGAAACAUCCCUCGCCCCAUACUCACCCACAUCACCCCACCCAGGUCCCCUGUCUGGUUUACGGCGGCCCCAAACUGAGUCCAGACCAAGCGCCCUCCCCAGACGCCGUCAAGCUCAUCGAGUCCGUCGUGAUCCUCGAGUUCCUCGCCGAGGUCUUCCCCUCCGCCGGCCUGCUCCCCGCGCCGCCCAAGACCCGCGCCCACGUCCGCCUCUUCAUCGCCACCGCCGACGCCCACUUCCGCCCGUGCCUCUUCGGCGUCGUCAGCGGCGGGCCCGCCGCGCCGCUCGUCGCGAUGCUCGAGGAGCUCCAGGCGUUCCUCCCCGCCGACAGCGGCUUCGUCGCCGGGCAGUGGAGCAUCGCCGAGGCCGCGUUCCUCCCGCUGCUGCUCACGCUCCGCGUGGUGCUCAGCAUCCCGCCGCCCGCGUCCGCGCCUGCUGAAAUCGCCGCGUUCUUCGCUGCGCUCGACGGGGACAGGCUCGCGCGCCUCCGGAAGUACGAGGAGGACCUCAUGGCGCGCAAGAGCACCAGGACGGUGUGGAACGAGGCGAGUGCGACCCGGGUGCACGGGGACGCUUGUUGA